AUGCGGCUGACAUCAUGGCAUUUUUUGCCAGCCCUUUGGGGACUAGCUCAGGCUCAAGGUGGAUUGGAAGAGGCUCUGGCGGAAGAGCGCGAAAGAUGGUGGAAUGCUGGACACACCCAGGUGCAGUUGUGGGAUCACUCCUGGUUGACUCCCCGGCUCGUCUGUGGAAUGCGAUUCAUGCGCGUGCCACCCAAAUCAAGCAUCGAAGGAGGUGUCUUUUUACCACUUGCAGGUAUGGGAAUGGGAGCCGAAGAGAUCCUCGCCGCCGUCAACAUGAGCGGAAAAGUUCCAAAGCUGAACACCCCGGAAAAGCUCAUCGUGUGGACGUUCGACGGCACUGAGUUUCAAGAGCGUGCUCUGGCAUUCUAUGCCGGUAGCAAACCCCCGAUGGAAGAUGUAUGGCUGCUUGCCUUGAUGUUGGCUGUACCUGCAUCCAAGCACAACAAUGUGAUGUCCGGCAGCGACAUGCUGGAACUUCAAUGUUCCGCAAUGGUGCUGCUGGCGAGCUACAUGUAUGCAGAGUACAUGACACUGCUGGUGCCUCCUGCUGUCUUGCUGAAGUAUUUCCAGCACACUUGGGAAGUGCACAGCCGUGAAGGGGCCCCGGAGUCCGCGACAGAGAUGCUGUCGCAUUUCAGCUCUUUUGAGCCUUUGAAUACUGCCAUGAAUCAGUUUCAGCAGAUCUUGCAGGCCCGGCGACAGGCCUUUAGCUGUGCAGUCUUAGGUCAAAGAGAAUGCCCCAACGACUUGGGGAAAGAUGCAUCGAUUAUCCGACCAUUGGUCGACGUUGUGAUCGUGAGAUGCCAAGAAGACGUGAGCUGGGUCUUGGACUGGCUAGGAAGAGUCCUCCGGGAUGAAUGGACCCCGGAAGUUGCAGGCUUAGAACCCCGGCUCCUGGUUUACGAGAAGUGCCUCUCUCCAGGAGAUUCCGAGGCCGAAGCGAUGACCGGCCAGCAGCUGAUCGACCGACUCCUCCAUCUUGGGGUGCUGCAUCCAGGCAGCGGCGCCAUCUACCUUGCGGAGCCACAAGGCUUCGAGAAUGUGGCCUAUGUGCACUACUGCAUGUCUCCGAAGUGGAGGGACUCAGACUUCGUGAUCUUUCUCCAUGGCUACCCCUUCGAUCACACGAACGAGAAGAUGCUCGACGAUGUCCUGAGGUCUAUGGCUCAGGGCACCUAUGCAGUACCCUUUGUCCACUUGAACAUCAAGCGCCUGCCUCGGAUUGCGGUGGAGCCUUGCCUUCAGGAGCUCAUCAGGCCCGCAUUGGAAGCUUGGCAUGCUGAUCAUCAGGAGCACGGCUCACAGCUGGCUAAGAUGACCGAUCUUCCGUUCGACCUGUCCACGUACUGUUGCACGCAGUUCGUCGUGGCGCGGCACCGCAUUGCUCGAGUGCCCGACUCCUUUUGGAGCGCAGUGUGGCGCUCCCUGCACGACCGCCUCAGCGUGAACGGAACAGCUGUGGAGGGACUUGAUUGGACCUGCAGGCUUCCGGCAAAGAGGGUUUACGAGCAGCGUGCAGAAAGGAACGGUCACAUGCCCAUCUCUGACUACGGCCUGUGG